AUGCUGGUUCAAUAUCUUAGUAGUAGUGAUCUGACACACGUCAAAGAUUCAAGAUUAUAUUUGGAGCUCAAGACAAAAAGGACUCACAGGUUCAUAGUUUUUAAGAUUGAGGAGAAUCAGAAGCAAGUCAUUGUGGAAAAGCUUGGUGAGCCAGCUCAAGGCUACAAAGAUUUCGCUGCUUGCCUCCCUCCUAAUGAGUGCCGCUAUGCUAAAUAUGAUUUCGAGUUCUUGACCGAAGUUUUGUACAUGAAUAUGAUCCCUAGUAACUUUACGAUGAGAUUAAAUGCGAAUCAGCAACUUUCACCGGAGUUGGAUCUCUUCAUGAAACAGAGGCUCUAA